CCUAAACCCAUUCUGGCAAAGCCCAUUUCCACCUCAGCGUAUCAAACCCCAAACACAUCCACAUCACCGGGACGCAAUCUCAUCUUCAUCCUCCUCAUCACAGCUGAAGAUGGCGGACCCGGCCGAGUGCACCAUCAAAGUCAUGUGCCGUUUUCGGCCUUUAAACAGCUCGGAGGUGAUGAGAGGGGAUAAGUACAUCCCCAAAUUUCAAGGAGAUGAUAAUGUGGUCAUCGGGGGAAGACCGUAUGUGUUUGACCGUGUGUUUCAGUCGAACACUACUCAGGAGCAGGUUUACAACGCAUGUGCUCAGAAGAUUGUUAAAGAUGUUCUUGAGGGAUAUAACGGUACAAUAUUUGCAUAUGGACAAACCUCCUCUGGAAAAACACACACUAUGGAGGGCAACUUGCAUGAUCCUGAUGGCAUGGGCAUCAUUCCACGUAUCGUCCAGGAUAUAUUUAACUACAUUUACUCCAUGGAUGAAAACCUGGAAUUCCAUAUCAAGGUCUCCUAUUUUGAGAUUUACCUGGACAAAAUCAGAGACCUGCUGGAUGUAUCGAAGACAAAUCUGUCUGUACAUGAAGACAAGAAUAGAGUUCCCUAUGUGAAGGGUUGUACGGAACGGUUUGUGUGUAGCCCUGAGGAAGUCAUGGACACCAUAGAUGAAGGCAAAUCCAACAGACAUGUGGCUGUCACAAAUAUGAACGAGCACAGCUCCAGGAGUCACAGUAUCUUCCUGAUAAACGUCAAGCAAGAGAACUCACAGACAGAGCAGAAGCUAAGUGGGAAACUCUUCCUGGUGGAUUUAGCAGGAAGUGAGAAGGUCAGUAAAACUGGAGCAGAGGGCGCUGUGUUGGAUGAAGCCAAAAACAUUAAUAAAUCUCUUUCCGCCCUGGGCAAUGUCAUCUCUGCCCUGGCUGAAGGAACGACGUAUGUUCCAUACAGAGACAGUAAGAUGACAAGGAUCUUGCAGGAUUCUCUGGGUGGAAACUGCAGAACGACUAUAGUGAUCUGCUGCUCUCCAUCCUCCUAUAACGAUGCAGAGACAAAAACCACACUCAUGUUUGGACAGCGAGCGAAGACCAUUAAGAACACCGUGUGUGUGAAUGUGGAGCUGACAGCAGAGCAGUGGAAGAAGAAAUAUGAGAAAGAGAAAGAGAAGAACAAGACUCUGAAGAACACCAUCACCUGGCUGGAGAAUGAACUCAACCGCUGGAGGAAUGGCGAAAAUGUACCCGUCGAGGAGCAGUUUGAUAAAGAGAAGGCGAAUGCAGAUGUUGUGGCUCUAGAUAAUGUGGUGAAUAAUGACAAAUUUGCAUCGUCUCCCAGCAUGCCCGGCCUCAAACUCACUGAUGCUGAGCGUGUGAAAUGUGAGGCUGAACUGGCAAAACUCUACAAACAGCUGGACGACAAGGAUGAUGAAAUUAAUCAGCAGUCUCAGCUGGCUGAGAAACUUAAGCAGCAGAUGUUGGAUCAGGAGGAGCUUCUGGCCUCAACGCGACGGGACCAUGACAACCUUCAGGCGGAGCUGACGCGUCUGCAGAUGGAGAACGAGGCAUCUAAAGAGGAGGUGAAGGAGGUGCUGCAGGCUCUGGAGGAGCUCGCUGUCAACUACGAUCAGAAGAGUCAGGAAGUGGAGGACAAGACCAAGGAGUUUGAGACCCUGAAUGAAGAGCUUAACCAGAAAUCUAGCAUUCUUGCAUCAAUUGACUCGGAGCUGCAGAAACUGAAGGAAAUGACCAACCAUCAGAAGAAGAGAGUGACUGAGAUGAUGUCAUCACUGCUCAAAGACCUGGCAGAGAUUGGCAUCGCCGUGGGCAGCAAUGACAUCAAGCAGCAUGAGGGAGGAGGUCUCAUAGAUGAGGAGUUCACUGUGGCACGUCUUUACAUUAGUAAAAUGAAGUCGGAGGUAAAGACUCUGGUGAAGCGCAGUAAGCAGCUGGAGAGCACUCAGGCCGAGAGCAGUAAGACAAUGGAUGAGAAUGAGAAAGAGCUUGCAGCCUGUCAGCUCCGUAUCUCUCAGUAUGAGGCAAAGAUCAAGUCUCUGACUGAGUAUCUACAGAACGUUGAGCAGAAGAAGAGACAGCUAGAGGAGAAUGUUGAUUCUCUCAAUGAGGAACUGGUCAAAAUCAGUGCCCAGGAGAAAGUUCAUGCUAUGGAGAAGGAAAAUGAGAUACAAUCUGCAACUGAAGUCAAGACUGCAGUUGAGCAACAGAUUCAGAACCACAGAGAAGCUCAUCAGAAACAACUGAGCAGCCUGAGAGAUGAGCUGGAGACCAAGGAGAAGCUCAUCACUGAGCUACAAGAUCUGAAUCAAAAGAUCAUGUUGGAGCAGGAGCGUUUGAAGGUGGAACAUGAGAAACUCAAAUCUACUGAUCAGGAGAAGAGCCGCAAACUGCAUGAGCUCACGGUGAUGCAGGACAGAAGAGAGCAGGCCAGACAGGAUCUCAAAGGCCUGGAGGAGACAGUGGCCAAAGAGCUACAGACUCUUCAUAACCUGAGGAAACUGUUUGUCCAGGAUCUGGCCACACGGGUCAAGAAGAGUUCUGAGAUGGACUCUGAUGACACUGGUGGGAGUGCAGCACAAAAACAGAAGAUCUCAUUCCUUGAGAACAACCUUGAGCAGCUCACUAAAGUGCACAAGCAGCUGGUGCGUGAUAAUGCUGACCUGCGCUGUGAGCUCCCUAAGCUAGAGAAGCGCCUGCGGGCGACAGCAGAGCGUGUGAAGGCUCUGGAGUCUGCACUAAAAGAGGCCAAAGAGAAUGGAGCCCGGGACCGCAAACGCUACCAGCAGGAGGUGGACCGCAUCAAAGAGGCCGUCAGGGCCAAAAACAUGGCCCGCAGAGGACACUCCGCACAGAUUGCCAAGCCAAUCAGACCAGGUCAGCCCCCUGUCGCCUCUCCCACGCACCCUAGUGUCAACCGUUCAGGGGCUGGGCUCUUCCAGAACAACCAAUUAUUGACCAUCCGUGGUGGAGGUGGAGUCAAACAGUAAAAUAAUUUCUAGCUGUUGAAUGCUGAAUUUAACCCCUGUAGCCCCAGCUGAAGCUGAUAUCAUCUCAAAAAAAACGAAACAGCAUUCCACAGCACGGGAAGUUUCAAUACUAUACAUAUGAAAAUGAAUAUAAGUAUAUAUAUAUAUGUGUAUGAACGAUGAAAUACUAUCCCCGUCUGGGCUGUACAGUUGUUCCUCCAUUCUUAUCUCUUAUAUCUUCCCUUUAAAAAUAUGAAGAAAACAAAAACAUAAAAACAGGCUUUUUGCACCAGUGGGGACACGUGUAACUAGCGAGUAUCUCUCACUCUUGCACAGUAGGUUUUGCUCACAUUAUGCUCUCCACGUCCUUCACUGUGCCAAGUUGAAUGUAUUUCACGUUUUCAGAAGGAAAAAAAAAAAAGGCAGAAAUGAAUGAAAAAUGGUUAAAAACAAAAAGAAAAAAAUAUUAGCUGCAUUAUUUUAGCCUUAUUUAUGUAUGUUCCUGUUUUGUAGAGAGUUAGCUUGUUCUCUCUUUGAGUAUUUUCUAUUGAACAUUUCACCAAUAUACACCGAUCAGCCACAACAUUAAAAUCAUCUGCCUAAUAUUGUGUAGGUCCCCCUCAUGCUGCUAAAACAGCGCCAACCCACAUCUCCGAAAAGCAUUCAGAGAUGAUAAUCUUCUCAUUACAAUUGUACAGAGCAGUUAUCUGAGUUACCGUUGACUUUGUCAGUUCAAGCCAUUCUCUGUUGACCUGUUCUAUGGAUGGAAGGUGUUUCCAUCCAUAGAACUGCCACUCACUGGAUGCUUUUUGUUUUUGGCACCAUUCCGAGUAAAUACUAGAAAAUGUUGUGCAUGAAAAACAAGCAUCCAUGUGAUUGAUCUAAUCAGCCAAUCGUGUGAAUACAUUGCAUAAAAUCAUGCAGAUAUAGGUCAGGAGCUAACGUUAAUGUUCACAUCAACCAUCAGAAUGGGGAACGUUUUUGAUCCCAGUGAUUUGGACCAUGGCAUGAUUGUUUGUGCCAGAUGGGAUGAUUUUAGUAUUUCUGUAACUGCUGAUCUCCUGGGAUUUUUAUGCACAACAGUCUGUAGAAUUUACUCCAAAUGGUGCCAAAAAUGAAAAACAUCCAGUGAGUGGCAGUUCUGUGGACAGAAAUGCCUUGUUGAUGAGAGAGGUCAACAGAGAAUGGCCAGACUGUUUCAAACUGACAAAGUAUACGGUAACUCGGAUAACCACAAAGCUAACACUGUUUUGGCUGCACGAGGGGGACCUACUCAAUGUUAGUCAGAUGGUUUUAAUGUUGUGGCUGAUCGUUGUAAGUUAAACACUACAAUUGAACUGUAUAUAGGAACCAAUUAACUUGUUUUUGUAAGAAUGAUGGACAUAAUGAAAAGAAAAUAACUAUGAUGAAAGGGUAGUCUAAAAAUAGACAGUCAAAUGCAGUUCUAUUAAAGGAGGCUACUUAAUCUGGAUACACCUAUGCUACAGGUAUAUUUAAAGCACUGUAUGAACACAACAAAUCAUUGUUACAUCAUAAAGACGUGUGUAAAUCACAGCCUGAGUCAUAGCUAAACAAAAACAUAAAAUAAAAAAAAUGCUAAUAAUAAAUACUAAUACAAUUUUACGUUCUUUUUGUAAUUUCAGUUCUCACAGGUAGACUUUGACAUAUUGCUUUUGUUCUGUAAACAUUUGGUUUUCAAAAAUCACUACAAAUCAUCAUUAAUCAUGUGUGUGGACUUUCCUCAUAGUUCUACCUAAAAAUAUAUACCCAGACAGAAUUGUAAUUAGAUUGUCUAUUUAGAAAUAUGCAGUGUUUUCAAUAAUGUAUUUAGGCCAGGGGACCUCACAUCGAAUUUGAAGGAUUAUUCUCGUUUCAAUUCAAGUUAAGCUUAAUCGACAGUGUUUGCAUAAUGUUGAAUACCACAAAAAUGUGUUUUGAAUCAUCCCUCCGUUUAAAAAAAUUAAAUAAAAAUUGUGGGGUUCAGUGAAGCACUUGCAAUGGAAGUGAAUGGGGCCAAUCUGUAAUGUUAAAUGUUAAAAUACUCAACCAUUUCAAAAGUAUGGCCACAAGACAUAAAGAACAUGUGUGUUAACAUGAUUUUAGUGUGAUAAAAUCACUGUCUUAACUUUUCUUGGUGUAGUUAUAGCCAAUUUUACUUAUUUGUGGUGAUGUAAUGUCAACAAACCCUAAAAUGACUGUAAAAAUUACAAUUUAAAUGACUUUACAGCUCAAAUAAUACAUGAGUUUUAACAGAAGAAUUCAUGUUAAAUUAAGUUUUAAGAUUCACAUUUCUGUCUUUAAACCCUCCAAACUAUCACUAGCGUUUUAAAUGUGGAAAUGGUCUCGUCCCCUACCCUUCAUAAAUGCUCUCUCAGAGCAAUAUGAAGUAAGUUUCUGAUUGGUUUAGUUUUUGACCUAAACAUUAUUUUCUGUUUUUGUGUGAGGUUUGUGCAGUGGCUAAACAGCCAUUGUAGUCACUAUAUACAUACAGUCCUGUUUUUUACCCUUUAUUUUUAGUUUAUGGUUUUGUUCAGUUUAGGGUUCAUACUUAAAAGUUUUAGAAAUGGUGAACGUAUCCGUGCACUUCAAACUGUAAGGUGCAAACAACCCACGGGAAACCACACAGCAUUUAGUUCUGGCUUAUAGAACCAAAAAAUGUAAGGCAAUCGAAUGUGGAUUAUCAUCUGCUGUGAUUUUGUUUACCUUGUGAUUGUGUUUGCUCAUGUAUACCUGCUGAUUGGCUCUCGAUUCUUACGGUUUCAAUGCUUUUCAUUCAACAUUACUGCCUUUUUUGAGUAGUGUUAGUGGGUGGGGCCUAUGUAACAGUGGGCGGGGGUUUAUUUAAACAUUUUAGGUAAAGUUUUCUUUUAGUUGUACUUGCAACUAGAUGAUAUUGUUUUAUUUAUUUCCAUUUUAUUGUAGGUUAGGAAUUUUGCUGUUCAACUGUUUGUUGUUUUUUUAAGUAAACAUUUGUUAUGUUUUUCUUACAAGUAUAUGUAGAUUCCGAUGUACUUUGUUUCCAUUUUCCUUUGAUUUGUUUAUUUUUCCAGUUGGAUCCGGAUCCUACUUGGUGUCCUGUGUAAAUGACAGUAGUACUGUAGUAGCAGGGGGAAUAUUGAAGAGUUUAAGGACCAUAUGUGUGCAAUAUAAAUCUGGCGUAAUGCAUGUUUCACAGUACUGAAGGAAAUCUUUUGUCUUGUUCACAAUUUAAUAUUUUAAAAGCACUUUAAAAUGUACCAUUUCAAUUAAAAACCGCACUUGUUGAAAACUGAAAAUUAGCAUCUCACGCAUCAAAUUCCUUCACUGAAGUUUAUAAUUAUUGUUAGCUUUGAGGAGAUCAUGUGUUUUGAAGAUUGUCAUUAUUAUAUUUGGUCUUUUUCUUUGCCACGUUUCUGCAUUUUUAACAGUUACUGGGGAAAACAUUCAGUUUAAAUGGCUCUAAUGAGAUGAUGUUAUGCUAAUGAGGUGAUCAGAUGUAUGUACUCAGAUGUAGGUUCUUCAAAAUGUGUAGACUGAAUUGCUGUGUAUAUUUCCUUCAGUUGCUUACUGUAGGCCAAUUUUCACCCCUUGACAUGAAAUGCAAAUAAAGUUGGGUAAAACAGA